AUGAAAAAAUCCAUGUCAGUUAUGGUCCAAUUUGUUUAAUGGUUUGUAGCUUUUACUGUUCAUUUCUGUUGGUUUAAAUGUGGUGUGUUUUUGAUUGUGUGUCCGCAGGGAGAUGUCCCAUCCUCCGCCUCUGCUGUCCACCCAGAAUGCCCCUCACAUCGCAUUGGGACCCCACCUGCGGCCCCCCUUCCUGGGCAUGCCCUCUGCCCUGUGCCAGGCCCCUGGUAAAUCAGAUGCUAACAUUAGCAGGCUAACUACAGAAAUGAAUAUGGGGCCUACACCUAAUGGUAAAUUAGAUGCUAAUGCUAGCAGGCUAACCACAGAAAUGAAUAUAGGGCCUGCACUUAUUAAUGGUGAGUUAGAUGCUAAUGCAAACCAGAACCAGAAUUGGCUUAUGGUAGACACUAGCUGUAUUCCCACCAAAAUUGGGAAAUGUGAACAUUUUCUACGGAAGUAUUGAUUAAGAAUCAUGAAUCAAUCCUAAUGUUGUUUUUUGUUGGUUCUUUGUGAGGCAUUGAUAUUACACAGGGGGUCUAUGUCAUUGCAUUUGAAUACUCCAUGUACACUGUAUGUAAGAAAUCUCUUAAUAUGUGUGCUUAUCAAUGUGGGAUUUCUGUGUGUUUUCCUCAGGCUAUGGUUUCCUCCAGCCUGCCCAAGCUGAGAUGUUUGCCCGGCAACAGGAAAUGCUUCGGAAGCAGAACUUGGCCAGGUUUGUCAUUGUCUUCUAGUGUCGUGAUGCGUGUGUAUGUGUGGCUGUCAGUGUUGUGAUGUUAAUGCUGUAGUAGUGUGUGUUUGUAUAGCAUGUGUAUGGUACCACCAGCACUAACCUCUCUCCUCUAUGUCCGGUCCCAGGUUGGAGAUGUCAGCAGAGCUGCUCAGACACAAGGAGCUGGAGAAUCUCCACAGGCAGCAGCAGCAGCGUGCGUUGGGGGGUUCUGACCCCCUGGGCCUACCCCACAGCCUCCCUCCGGACCACCCCGCCCUGCGCAGCCUCCACCACCUGCCCGAGGGCCACCCACUCCAUGAGGAGCUCAGCCGACGCCAAAACGCCAUGCUGGUGCUCCGACACACCAACACCCCCAUGCUCUCCCUCAACCACCAGGGGCUCUCGGGGGCCACAAUGCCCAAAGAUGCCCAGGGACAAGGCUCUGGGGCUGGGGCCGGAUUCAGGAAGGGGGGCUCCCGGAAAGGCCCCCAGCAGCCCAGGGGGGGAGAGCACCAAGAGAGGGAGGGCCGAGGGAGGGACGGAGAUGCAGACGGGCAGGAUGAAGAAAUUAAGGACUCGGAUAGUGAGACGGAGAUGGGGGAGGAUAGGCAUGAGGGCUCGGGUGCCAAGGCAAACGACUGGCACGGGCUUCACAGGGACAGGGGGAAAGAGAGCAGCGGGAAGGGGGGGUGUGACGGUGCCAAAGAGGCGGGCGAGGGCUCGGGUCAGCUUAGUGCCCCCUGUAGCUCGGCGGGCGCAGAUUCACCACCCAGUCAUCACCUCUUCACCCCGGGGCUGGGCAAGAGCGAUGUAAAGUACCACUUUCCACCUGGCGCCAUGCCCCCUCUGCCAGGGCUCUACGGCCAGUCGCUGCCCUUUGGAUUCCCCUACACAAGCCCCUACUUCCACACUGGUGAGUAACACAUGCACAUGCAUGGGCAUACACAUGCAUCAUAACAUCCUCACCAAUCAACUGUAUGAUACUUAAAAGUCACUCCAACCGCAACCUGUGAAUGCUAUUUGGCUAGCCAUGCUACCAGACAAUCUCAACGGGCGUUAGCAUGCUAACUAACAACUGCUGCAUCCGAGAGAAGUGUUAUGCAACGAUAACAUUACAUAUACAUUUUUAGUCCAAACAGCAUAAGUGGUCUUGUUGUGGUGCUACGAAGCAGGGAUGCGUUCAGUUUGGUUCAACGUUUGCUACAUUGCGCGAAGGUUUGUUAUGAACAACAUGUUUCCCCAGUCAUUUUCGAACGGUCCUUUAGAAGUCAAGGUUGCUUGCUAAAUAGCUAUUAGGAUUGCAUACCAGAUGAAAAGUAGUGCCACAGUCUGUUUGCAGCCUACCAAUGCGGCCUAUGAAAUCAGAAGAAAUACCGGUAGAUGCGCUUGUUCUUGGUCGGGUUUGAGCUGUUUACAUGCCGGUCCACAGAGAAAAAGAGGUUGGGAACCCCUUUAAGGGGACUUCCCUCUUGUGUAGUACUGUCCCUCCGGAGGACAUUUGAAUUCACCGUAGCUUAAACUUGCAAAUACACACAGAAUUUAACCUUGACAUUAGAGCAUCUCUUUUUAGGUUAAUUAGAAACCUGGUUUUAGUUACCUGUGUAUAAUGACUGUCAUUAAAUAAAGACAUUUGAACGUUUGAAAACACAGACUGUGGUGAGUGUGGUGAAAGGAGUCAGGCGCAGGAGAGUAAUUUACGAAUACAAAGUUUAUUCCUUUGUUGACACACAAAUGCGCUCCAAUAGCGAUCAACAAAACAGGCACAGGGGAAACAAACAUCCCUGGCAAUUACACUGUAACGGAAUCCAAUAAUACAUAGUCCCCUGUAGCUCAGUUGGAAGAGCAUGGCGCUUUCAACGCCAGGGUUGUGGGUUCGUUUCCCACGGGGGGCCAGUAUGAAAAUGUAUUCACUCACUAACUGUAAGUCGCUCUGGAUAAGAGUGUCUGCUAAAAUUUUAAUGUAAAUGCACAGGGGGGAAAUCUACCCUGGCAACACAAUGUUAUUUUAUUUAUACCAGGUAAGCCAGUUGAGAACAAGUUCUCAUUUACAACUGCGACCUGGCCAAGAUAAAGCAAAGCAGUGCGAUAAAAACAACAACACAGAGUUACAUAUGGGGUAAAACAAAACAUAAAGUCAAAAAUACAACAGAAAAUAUAUAUAUACAGUGUGUGCAAAUGUAGCAAGUUAUGGAGGUAAGGCAAUAAAUAGGCUAUAGUGCAAAAUAAUUACAAUUAGUAUUAACACUGGAAUGAUAGAUGUGCAAGAGAUGAUGUGCAAAUAGAGAUACUGGGGUGCAAAUGAGCAAAAUAAAUAACAAUAUAGGGAUGAGGUAGUUAGGUGGGUUAAUUUCAGAUGGGCUGUGUACAGGUGCAGUGAUCGGUAAGGUGCUCUGACAACUGAUGCUUAAAGUUAGUGAGGGAGAUAAGAGUCUCCAGCUUCAGAGAUUUUUGCAAUUCGUUCCAGUCAUUGGCAGCAGAGAACCGGAAGGAAUGGCGGCCAAAGGAGGUGUUGGCUUUGGGGAUGACCAGUGAGAUAUACCUGCUGGAGCGCAUACUACGGGUGGGUGUUGCUAUGGUGACCAAUGAGCUAAGAUAAGGCAGGGAUUUGCCUAGCAGUGAUUUAUAGAUGGCCUGGAGCCAGUGGGUUUGGCGACUAAUAUGUAGUGAGGACCAGCCAACAAGAGCGUACAGGCCACAGUGGUGUGUAGUGUAUGGGGCUUUGGAGACAAAACGGAUGGCACUGUGAUAGACUACAUCCAAUUUGCUGAGUAGAGUGUUGGAGGCUAUUUUGUAAAUGACAUCGCCGAAGUCAAGGAUCGGUAGGAUAGUCAGUUUUACGAGGGCAUGUUUGGCAGCAUGAGUGAAGGAGGCUUUGUUGCGAAAUAGGAAGCCAAUUCUAGAUUUAACUUUGGAUUGGAGAUUCUUAAUGUGAGUCUGGAAGGAGAGAAUCACAGUCUAACCAGACACCUAGGUAUUUGUAGUUGUCCACAUACUCUAGGUCAGACCCGUCGAGAGUAGUGAUUCUAGUCGGGUGGGCAGGUGCCAGCAGCGUUCGAUUGAAGAGCAUGCAUUUAGUUUUACUAGUGUUUAAGAGCAGUUGGAGGCUACUGAAGGAGUGUUGUAUGGCAUUGAAGCUCGUUUGGAGGUUUGUUAACACAGUGUCCAGUGAAGGGCCAGAUGUAUACAAAAUGGUGUCGUCUGCGUAGAGGUGGAUCUGAGAGUCACCAGCAGCAAGAGCGACAUCAUUGAUAUACACAGAGAAAAGAGUCGGCCCAAGAAUUGAACCCUGUGGCACCCCCAUAGUUAUGAGUAGCUCCACCGAGCUACAUACUCUCACAAUUAACAAUCACCCACAAGGACAAGGGGGCAGAGGGAAAACUUAUACACAGACUAAUUAGGGGACAGGUACCAGGUGUGUGUGAUUGACAAGACGAGACAUGUGAUGAUGAUUGGGGCGGCAGUGGUUAGUAAGCCGGUGACGACGAACGCCGAAGCCUGCCCGAACAAGGAGGGGAAGCAGCCUCGGCCGAAGUCGUGACACAGACAGAAACUGCUUAGGGAACCAGAGGCAAAAUGGCCAGGUUCACAGUGGGGGCCAACACACGCACCCGCACAAACACACACACUCUCUCACAUACAUGCACGCACACUUGAACACACUAACACACACUCUCACAUGAAAGAAAUGAGCGUGGAGAACUCCCUCUGGAAGGGGCCCUGCCACUGACCCCUAUACACACAGGGUUAUCACCACAACCAUGUGGAGGGAGAGGGGGAGGGGCACAACAACAGUGAGAAACAGCAAACACGGAUGAAGUACACUUUUAAACAUGAGAUGAGAUAAAGAAUCACAUUCUUAAAUGCAAUAAAAUAUCAUGUCUAUUCACGUAAUUGCCGAACAACCACAAGGACAAAGAGAGAGUCAGAGAGAGAGAGAAAAAGUGUGUUCGUGAAAGAGAAUUAGACAUUGAGAAAGAAAGGGAGAAGCGCUCUUGGGUAUAUGCUAGCUGUUUGUCAAGGUCUGUCCUGGGUAAUGUUCAUUAGGCACCAAACGGAAGAAAACUGACUGAAACAAGGCGAUAACUACCUGAACAUGCCCAAUAGGGAACGCUCGUUUUCAUUGUCCAUUGCAAAACGUUUUGCUACGGUGUGCCCUUAGAAUAAGACUUGGUGAUUUACAACCCCUCUUCCUCACCCAGGCGGUAUGGGAGGUCUGUUAAUGGACAGCGAGGAUUCUGCGGCGCCCCCGGUGGAGGACAUAAGCAAGUGGAGUGUGGAGGAGGUGUGUGGUUUUGUGGGAGGCCUGGCCGGCUGUGCAGAGUACACCCAGGUAAGGACCAGACCAGGAAUCUGGUUUAUCCACACUUUCAACCAGAGAGAGAGAGAGACAGGGGGAGAGAGGGGACAGGAGCGGGCUGGUGGAAGAGUAGGGUAGAGUAUAUUUUAUUGUCACCUCAAUCAGAAGUUUUACUACUAGUUGAUUCUAUAGCUAUAACACCACUGUUAUCUCUCACAGCACCAAAGCCCGCUCAAUGUUAUACACACUCAUACUCACACACGUCACUGUUGGAAAUGAGAGUGGUGUGAGUGUUGGUGCAAGCUCUGUGAGCAUGUGUGUAUGAGUGUGGGUUUGUGUGUGUGUAUGAAUUCAUAAGUGUGUGUGUAUGUAUAUGAGUGCUGGUGUGUGUAUGAGUGCGUGAGUGUGUGAUUGCAUGUUUGUGUGUGUGUGCAUGUGUGUGUGUCUGUCUGGGCUCUGGCUGAAGUGGCUGUGUCUCUCCUGAAGGUGUUUCGGGAGCAGGCCAUCGACGGAGAGACACUCCCGCUGCUCACAGAGGAGCACCUGCUCAACACCAUGGGACUGAAGCUGGGCCCCGCGCUCAAGAUACGCUCACAGGUACACACCACUGAAUGGCAACACACUGCAGAAGUGUGUGGUGUGUGUGCAGCCCCAAAGUCCAAAUGUGUUUGUAUGUGUAGACUGUUCUUGUGUGAGUAAACCUCAAGUGUGUGGUGUAUGUGUGUGUGUGUGUGUGUGUGUGUGUGUGUGUGUGUGUGUGUGUGUGUGUGUGUGUGUGUGAGUGCUGGAAGCUAGUAGUGUAUCCUAGAGUUAGCCAAAGCAGAUAGAUAGCGUAGCCCCUAAAAGUGAGUCCUAUUGUCAGGCAUACCGUACCAUAGCCCUUACCCCGCUCCUCUCUCUCAGGCUGGUGGUACAGUAGAACACUAGGUUGCAUUCCAAAUGGUACCAUCUUCCCUACAUAGUGCACUACUUUUGGGCUACUACAUCCUAUGGGCUCUGGUAAUAAGUAGGGCACAAUAUAAGGAAUAGGGUGCCAUUUGCGACACGGCCUGUGACAUGGUGAGCUGAGCGGCUCUAACUUCGGCAUGUGGCAUUCGCUCUCUCCCUCUCAGGUGGCGCGGCGCGUUGGCAGAAUCUUCUGCAUGACCAGCUUCCCGCUGGCGCUCCCGGUGCCGCCAUCUGCCCUGCGCCCCCCGGACAGGGACCCCCUGCUGUCCGACACCCCUCUGGCGGUCCCACUGCGACCCCCCUCCGUCGCCAGCAGCAGCUCUUCUCCCUACAGUGUCCCUCCGCCCCCGUGUCACUCCUCCCCCAAGCAGGAGAACGGCUCCGCAUCAGGGGUCUACGAGGGGGCCAAGACCCCCUCCUAG